AGGAUGUACGUAUUAAUUUAAUACACUGUAAUAAUUAUCACACGAAUUUGAAAUAGUAGCUGGCAAAUGCUCUUCUCUCUCUCCCCUGAUUCAAUUUUCAAACCUUUUCUUUUCUUUUCUUCUUUCUUUCUUUCUUUCUUUCUCAGUUUCUUUUUCUUCUUUUGAAUUUGAUUCGCCUAUGUUCAAUUCAAUUUAGUUUCCCCCCCUUUUCUCCUCUAUUUGUGUCUGCCACUGCAAAUAGCAAUUAGGGUUCAUGCUACUUGGUUUCAGUGUUUCAAGUUAGUAAGAGGCUUUGUUGGCUCGCUAGAUCCCUGAUCUGAAAAUGAGCGCGUCCAGGUUCAUUAAGUGCGUCACCGUCGGUGACGGUGCUGUCGGAAAAACUUGCUUGUUGAUUUCUUACACCAGCAACACUUUCCCCACGGACUAUGUGCCCACCGUUUUUGACAAUUUCAGUGCUAAUGUGGUGGUGGAUGGAAGCACUAUAAACCUGGGAUUGUGGGAUACUGCUGGUCAGGAGGAUUAUAAUAGACUAAGACCAUUGAGCUAUCGAGGAGCUGAUGUCUUCAUACUUGCCUUUUCACUCAUAAGCAAGGCGAGCUAUGAAAAUAUCGCAAAGAAGUGGAUCCCUGAACUAAGGCAUUACGCCCCUGGUGUUCCAAUAAUUCUAGUUGGAACAAAGUUAGAUCUUCGGGAGGAUAAGCAAUUUUUAAUGGACCACCCUGGUGCAAUGCCAAUUACUACAGCACAGGGAGAAGAGUUGAGAAAGCUGAUUGGUGCUCCAGCCUACAUCGAGUGUAGUUCAAAAACGCAACAGAAUGUGAAAGCUGUCUUUGACGCCGCCAUCAAAGUGGUUCUUCAACCACCAAAGCAAAAGAAAAAGAAGAGAAAGGCACAAAAAGCUUGCUCCAUAUUAUGAUUUAGGACCAGAAAUUAACAGUGGGCAGUAGUGACUAUCUUACGAAUCUUUAUUGCUGCCUCUCCAUCAAUUUGUAUUAUUUUGUUCCUUGUUCUCCCUCUAUAGUGAGCAGGAAGCGGUGUACAGUUUGAACUCGCAUUGAAGUGUCUUUCCUCAUUUCAUACUCUGUAACUACAAUUAGCUUGAUUAUAUAACCGUCCAUUUCCUUUACUUAUUUAUUCAUUAUACUUAGUGGCCUACGAGACAAUGCUUAAUGCGAUCAUAUUCCUGGACUGUAUUCGUGAUGUCGUGUAUGAAAUCUAUUUAUGGUGUUGGCCAAUUUAAGUCGCUUAUUAUAAGUUAUUA